AUGGCAUACUUGUCGACGAUGCGCACUUCUGUUCUGCGCGCCGCUCGCCGUAAAUCGGUUCAAGUCCCCAUGACGCCUCUCUCGAAUCGCACGUUCGCCUCGAAUCGUGCUCUUGGCGAUGAGAAGUCCAUCAACGUCGUUUCCUACUCGAGGUCUGGUCAGCGCGAGCAGGAGACUCUUUCGGUCCCCACUGCCAGCGAGCCUGUCAAUCCUCCUGGCCAGGACAUCGAAGUCGCUGCUCAACCUCUCAAGCCUGAGCUCAUCCAGGCCCUCCCUCCCACGAUGCAGAAGUUUACCCUCCUCGGCAAGGUCGCUGUUAUUACCGGCGGCGGCCGCGGCUUGGGAUACAAUAUGGCUCAGGCCCUCUCCGAAGUUGGUGUCAAGGGCAUUGCCAUCUUCGACGUCCAGCAGGAGCUCGGCGAAAAGUCUGCCCAGCAGCUCUCUGCUCAGACUGGUGUCGAUGUUCGCUUCUACAAGGUCGACGUUCGUGCCGAGCCCGCUAUUCAGCAGGCUGUUCAGGAUGCCGAGACCUAUCCUUCCGACAAGUUCCGCCGCCUCCUCGACAUUAAUAUCACCGGCACUUUCCUCGUCGCCCAGGCUGUCAGUCAGCAGAUGAUCAAACUCAACACUGGCGGCUCCAUGAUCAACAUCGCUUCGAUGUCCGGUACCAUCGUCAACUACCCUCAGGAGCAGUCCGGCUACAACUGCUCUAAAGCUGCUGUCAUCCAGCUCACCAAGUCGCUCGCCGCCGAGUGGGCUCGCUACAACAUUCGCGUCAACUCCAUCUCGCCCGGCUACAUGGACACCGCUCUCAACCGUGUCCCUGCCCUUGACGCCCAGAAGCGCAUCUGGAUGGACAACACUCCUCAGAAGCGUCUUGGUGCUGUUGACGACCUUAACAACCUCGCCGUCUACCUCGCUUCUCCCGGUUCCAGCUACAUGACCGGCAACAACUGUCUCAUUGACGGUGGCUACACUCUCUGGUAA